CGCGCCGCGCGGGGCUGGGGUGGAAGUGGGGGCGGGCGACGUCACUUCCGGAGAGUGACGGAGCGGCGGGUCAGAGGCGGCAGCAAAAUGGCGGCGCCUGAGGAACGGGAGCUGACGGCGGAACAGACCGAGAAGCUGCUGCAGUUCCAGGACUUGACUGGCAUAGAGUCCAUGGACCAAUGUCGCCACACACUGGAGCAGCACAACUGGAACAUAGAGGCAGCUGUGCAGGACCGACUGAACGAGCAAGAGGGUGUCCCGAGUGUCUUCAAUCCUCCCCCGCUGCGGCCGCUGCAGGUCAAUACCGCUGACCACAGGAUCUACAGCUACGUUGUCUCAAGGCCACAGCCAAGGGGCCUGUUAGGAUGGGGUUACUACUUCAUAAUGCUUCCAUUCCGAUUCACCUAUUACACGUUACUUGAUAUAUUUAGGUUUGCUCUGCGUUUUAUACGCCCUGAUCCUCGUAGUCGGGUCACCGACCCAGUGGGUGACAUUAUUUCGUUUAUUCAUAUGUUUGAGGAAAAAUAUGGGAGGAUACACCCUGUCUUCUACCAGGGAACUUACAGCCAGGCACUGAACGAUGCCAAGCGGGAGCUGCGCUUCCUGCUGGUGUAUCUGCACGGGGACGACCACCAGGACACAGAUGAGUUCUGCCGCAAUACACUGUGUGCACCUGAGGUCAUCACCCUCAUCAACACUAGAAUGCUCUUCUGGGCUUGCUCAACCAAUAAACCGGAGGGAUACAGAGUGUCGCAGGCGCUGCGGGAGAACACGUACCCGUUCCUGGCCGUGAUCAUGCUCAAGGACCGCAGGAUGACCGUGGUUGGGCGGCUCGAGGGGCUCAUCCAGGCCGACGACCUCAUCAACCAGCUCAUGUUCAUCAUGGAUGCCAACCAGACGUACCUGGUGUCCGAGCGCCUGGAGAGGGAAGAGAGGAACCAAACCCAAGUGCUGAGGCAGCAGCAGGACGAGGCUUACCUGGCAUCCCUGCGUGCAGACCAGGAGAAGGAGCGCAAGAAGAAGGAGGAAAGGGAGAGGAAGAAGAAGAAGGAGGAGGAAGUGCAGCAGCAAAAACUGGCAGAGGAGAGGCGGCGGCAGACACUGCAGGAGGAGAAGGAGAGGAGGUCGGAAUGCCUUCCUCCAGAGCCACACCCCGAUGACCCAGAGAGCGUCAAGAUCAUUUUCAAGCUGCCCAACGAUUCCAGAGUGGAGCGGCGAUUCCACUUCACACAGUCACUGACGGUGAUCCACGAUUUCCUGUUCUCCUUGAAAGAAAGCCCUGAGAAGUUCCAGAUUGAGGCCAACUUCCCUCGCCGUGUCCUGCCCUGCCUCCCGACAGAGGAGUGGCCCAACCCCCCGACGCUGCAGGAGGCGGGACUCAGCCACACGGAAGUCCUCUUUGUGCAGGACCUCACGGACGAUUGACACUUCCUUUUUGGUUUUGUUUUUGUUUGUUUUGUUUUUUUCGUUGGUUUUUUUUUUUUUCCAGAAGACACAAAACGGAAAGAGAAAUUCAUAUUAUUAUUAUAAUACAAUAUUUUUUUUAAAAGACUGCGUACAAACGAGGGAUCAGAGACCACAUGGGCCGUGCCAGCCGUGUGUGCGCUGGCGAGAGGACACACGGCCAUCCCCUGCGCCGGGGUGCACACAGGGGGGAGCUGCUGUUGCCCCUCUGCCCUCCCUGGGGAGGAACAGGAAUGGCAGCUCUUGGUAAUUAUUGCUUUUAUUGAUGACAAUAAUAAUAAAACCCCAGCAACCCAACAUCUUGUGAAGAUUUGAUACUCUGCUGCUCCUGAGAGACACGUGACCGAGCACCGGAACGUGCUGGGAUUGGGGUGGGGGGAAAGGGCUGGACAGACUCUCUUCAGCUUCCCUCUGUGUAUAAAUACUGUUCUUUUAAUAUUUCUCUUGCUUUGUAAUGACCAAAGGAGAUUGGGGUUGACUAUAGUAUUAACUUUUUGAUAAAGAGCUGGUUCGAUUCUUACCCAUGUGGGGCCUUGCCCAGGGUUCUUAGCCUGCGUAGUGUAAUAAACUCUGCCUCUAGCA